CGAGCUCCAAACACUUCUCCAUAAUAAAAGAGACUAAAAAUAUGCACUCCCCUCUGCUCAAACGACUCUAAUAUUCUUUCUCUCUUCACUCCACUCCUCUCUCUCCCUGUCUUCUUCUUCUUCUUCUUCCCGUUGACUCUUACAAUUUAUUUACCCCUUUUUCUGCUGAGCCCGACACACACCCUCUCAAGUGAGACACCAUCAUAGCCUUGUUGUAAAUACCUCGACUGCUACUUGCUUCAGCCAUGCUCAAACUCCCAUCUGUUUCACUGCCCUUCGGGAAACGAUCUCAAACCAAACCUCACAAUCGAUCCUCCCCUUCCUCGCCUAAUCCUACUAGCCAAUCGGCUGCUUCCCUGCCUAAUGAUGCCAGUCCCAGUCAUAACCGAGACAGCAGCAGCCAGCUCUCCGUCGCGACUCUCCCCGCAAAUUCAGAUCACACCAGCACCCCGUCUGUCUCGCUCAAGCGACGCUACCAAUUAAACUUCAAACACCUUCAAACAUCUCUCACUCAUACCAGUCCCAGCACCAGUAAUAGUAAUCAUCAGGCCACCGCCAGCCUCCAGGCUGCUGCCUCCUCUAACUCCGACUCUGAUAUCAACCAGCCUGUCUCCACCAACUAUUAUCCAUCCAACAACCCACCAGCCUCAUCUCCUCAUCAUUCCAAUCUCCCUAAGGACAAUCUACAAUCAAAUACCCUCCAUCAUCAAAAUACAAAUAAAAGAGCUAGCUCAAAUCUUACUCAAACCAAUCCCACUUUUUCUACUACCAGUACCAACACUAAUAAUAAUAAUAAUAAUAAUAAUAAUAAUCCUAACGAGAACAAUAUUCAUACUGCUCAGAGCAUGCCUGCCAGUCAUCAUCUCUAUCCUGAUCACUCUGCCUCCCAUCUCAUACCCCCCUCAGCUAUCUCCUCGCCACUCUCCCCGAUAGGCAGCCCAGCGAUCGCCAUGAGCUAUAAUCAUCAGCAACUCUCCCUGCUCCGACGGCAUCAUACCCUUAGCGCCGGUGGACCCCGUCUCGCUCGCCUCGAGAAACAGCAGGCGCUUGCUAACAUGGCCGAGAAAGAUCGCCGGUUCUAUGGUGGCGGAUCAAGUGAGGCCGGUAGCAGUCUCUCCGGUAGCGAGAGCGUCGAAAGUCUUUCACUCGACAAUCGCUCCAACCUCUGUCUGACCCCCCUCCAGUCCAGCCAACAACAUUCCCCCAGCGUCAUGCCCGAGCUCUCUGACCACCCGCUGCUGCACAAGACUCAUCAUCAUCAUCACCCACACCAGCCCUCAUCAGGCUCGAACGCCAAUAAUAGCCCUCCAAGCACUCGGAACGCCUUGGUAGCUACUGCUCCCCACUCUGGCUUCCAGCUCAUCAGGGGCUAUAAGGGAACUGCUGCACUCCGCAGCCUCGACCUCGGUUCCCCGAUUGAGCUCGAGGAGGUGGAUGAGGAGCACAGGCUAAACAAUAGCACUAGUCACGAUACUAUCAGUUAUUGUAACAGCCUCCAAUCCGCACCCUCUCAGGCCCAUCAGCUAGGAAAUCAAUUGGAUCCCACCACCACUGUCAGUGUCCACACAACAAACAGUCGGACCCCGACCAUCGAAGCUCGCUCCGGAACCCGAGCUGCUGAUCAAAUUCCUCAUUCUGGAAGCUUCCCACUAUAUUCCCAGGUGGCCCUCCAUCGCAACUUCUCCUCUCCCUCCAAACUCCAGCAAUCCACUACCGCCUUCUCGAACAGCGAUCGAAGCAGCAACUCCACCGAGCAAGCUCACUCAUUCUGUCCCCCGCCCAACUGGAACAAGCUCUCGAUCCUCAACAGAGCCAUGAAGCCAAACGACUCUGCUCUCCAACUACUCCACACCCUUCAACCCACCCGUAGCCAGACCCAGGGUGAGCCUUCCCGUUCGCUUGGCCUAACAACCGAGGAAGAGGAUGACCAACAGAUCCUCAGCAGUCCGGUGGACUUUCCUCAGACUUCUAACCUACACCGAGCCACAUCUGAUCGCGUCUCAUCAACCGGCAAUCAUCUCAACGCAUCCCAGCCACCUAGCUCCAACACGUUGUCACAUUGGGCGGAGCAAACCAACCUACGACGACACCAGUCUAUGAAAUCCGAUGGAAGAUGGGGUACAUCUGCAGUGACCAACUUUGAGGACAGUGAAACCAGAUCUGCCAACGAGUCCAAUCAACUCAAGGAAUCCGCUCGAAACCAACUUGAUACGUUUUAUGAGCUCAGCUCCUCUAUCGCCGGCCAAUCAGCAUCUCUUUUGCGCUCUUCCAGCCAUCACUCCAAUCCUUCUCCAGCUUUCUCUAGUUCCAUGUCCUCUCACCCGUCUCCAAGUGGCAAUAUCACCCAGUUCUCAACCCAGACCGGUGGCGUCGUGACGACCAUGAGUAGUCCAGUUAGUGUCCCCGGACUCUCUAUCAAUCCCUGGAGCCCUUCGGUCGAAGAAGCCAAGAAGCUCAGAGAACCCAUGCUCAGACAAGCUAGCCUUGACACUUUGGCUUCCAACAAUAGUUCUAACAACUCUCAUCCAAUGAAAAAAUCCACCAACUCUGAUUUAUCUCGUUUCCGAUCAUCCUCCAACGAUGAUACCCAAGGUCGGGGGGAGAUGAACCUUUUGCAUACCAGUUUUGGCCGAAUCAAUCUCAGCCAAGCCAAGAACGGCGAAGAAUUGAGCGCUCGUCCAGCCAUGGGCUUAUCUCACCGAAUCUCAGGCGUCAAGAGCCCCCUUUCCACCUCAACAUCAUUGGCCGAUCUCAGCGAGGGUACCGCGGCCGAUGCCGAAGUUGCCAACUCUGUUGUCGUCGCACCAUCUUCCAAGAAGCUUGCCCUACCCCCGCUCGUCACCGACUUUUCUCGUGAGACCAUACUCGCAGGAGGAGUCCAAGGACGAAAACCUCCAGGUUCGAUCAAACGUCAUCCCAAUGGGGUAUCCCUUCUCUUCCAGGGGCCGGCCAGUGCCGCUGCCUUUGUUCCGCCGAUCGGACACUCUUUAUCCAGAAACAUCAACGACCCAUUCAACUUCCAAGAGAAGGUGUCCAUGGUCGCCAGUCACAACACCGCCGCCCCUGGUAUUGGAGCAUCUGCCUGGCUCACCCAGAAAGAACGUCUCGUCGGCGAAACUCAGUCCCGUCAACAGAGCGGCGAAUGGGGCUCCUUGCCGCAUUCACCCAGCUCUCAGCUCCAAACCGCCACCACUUCAGUCCCCAAUCUGCCCCAGCAGAUCCAGCAACAGAUUAUCCUCAACCAGCAACUCCAACAACUGCAGCAGCUACAAGUUCAGCAACACCAAUUACAACAGCAGCAAACCCAGCUACUCAAUUCCACCAUGAGGCUUCCAGGUAGCAGCACCUCCUCGAUCAAUGGUUUCAACUCCCCUGCGAUGGCCAACAUUCUACAAAGCAAUGCGUUUAGCUACAGCAACAUGUCACCAAGUGCACCCGGGUCUUUCUUUGGCGCUAGCGGCAACCAUCACGUUGGGCCAACGCCCCCGCCUAACCCAUCCCGCUUGCAAACCACUAUCACGGGCUUACCAGGCCUAGGUAGUUUGAGUGGUACAUCCCCACAUGUCCUCCCAUCACCAGUUAGUGGGCUUGGACCGAUGGCGGCUGGGCCAAGCAUGGUAAACAUGGCGAAGCCGAUGUCCUUCAUGAAUCCUAACCCAGCUGGCCUGCCCGGCUCAAACAACCAUAACAUCCACGAGCUUGCUCGGCAGAAAGGUUACAACCCCACCCACUUCGACACUUCGCCACCCUCGGCCAGAUUCUUUGUCAUCAAGUCUUACACCGAGGAGGACGUUCACAAAUCACUCAAAUACGAGAUCUGGGCUAGUACUGACUUGGGAAAUAAGCGCUUAGAUCGAGCCUUCCAUGAGUCGCACGAGUCCGGUCCGAUCUAUCUCUUGUUCAGUGUCAACGCCAGUGGCCAUUUCUGUGGGAUGGCCGAGAUGCUGACAGCCGUCGAUUACAACACGAGUAGCAAGGUCUGGGCCCAGGACAAGUGGAAAGGGAUCUUCAAAGUCCGAUGGGUCUUUGUCAAGGAUAUCCCCAACAACGCCCUCCGUCACAUCAAGCUCACCAACACGCCCGAAAACAAGCCCAUCACGUCUUCGAGAGACACUCAGGAAGUGCCUCACGAUAAGGGCAUCCAAGUCCUCCACAUAAUGUCUUCCUACCAAUCCAGAACGACGCUUCUACAGGACUAUGCCUGGUACGAGCACAACGAGAGUCAGAAGAGUCAACAACAACAGCAAGGAUCUGAGAGCAGCCCCGGAGCGGCGGCCAACUCGGGCAGCGAAUCCACCAACAAGUCCAGUCCGCCCAACUCCUCCACCGGGCCCACUGCCCCGAGACAACCCCGUCACUCGGUCCAGAACACCCAGAAUCAGAACAUCCGCCGGUUCACUCAGGCUAAUGGCCAUCCGGGCCAGUACGCCCCUGUGGCUGUCCAGGUCGCCUCCGGGAUUUAAUCUCCCUUUGAUAUAGAUAUCUGUAUUUGUUCUCCUUCUAUCUACUCAUACUCACACACACACACACACAAACACUCAUGCAUGCUUACACACACACACACACUUGGUCUGUGAACUACCCCCCCCCCC